UCAGUGUCUCGCGGGAACAGGAAGCAGAAUUAUUGGUUCCGCUUUGCAGUAUUGGAGCUGGGCGUGAUGCUCAGAGGUUCAGUCCGGGCCUCGGAACCGACAAUCGGCGUGUCAUUACGCAGAGGAGCCGGAACCAGGUGUAAAAUGAUGAAGAACUGGGGUAUGAUUGGUGGCUUUGCUGCAGCCCUUGCAGCUGGAAUAUAUGUCUUGUGGGGUCCAAUCACAGACAGAAAGAAACACAAAAAAGGACUGGUGCCAGGGUUACUAAAUUUGGGGAACACUUGUUUCAUGAAUUCCUUGCUGCAAGGUUUGUCUGCCUGUCCUUCAUUUAUUCGUUGGCUUGAGGCGUUUACUUCUCAGUACCAGCUUGAACAGCAAGACACAGCGCCUCGAAAUCUGUCUGGUACUUUGCUACAGCUUUUAAAAGCUUUAUCUAACCAGGAGGCUGCAGAAGAAGAGGUGGUAGAUGCCAGUCCUCUCCUUGAUGUUCUCCGGACAUACAGGUGGCAAAUUUCUUCUUUCGAAGAGCAGGAUGCACAUGAAUUAUUUCAUGUGUUGACAUCAUCAUUAGAAGAAGAGAGAGAUCGUCAUCCCCAUGUACCACACCUCUUUGACAUUCAUGCUUUGGAGGUCACCCAGGUUUGCGAACAGCAGAUUCACUGCAGAACAGAAGGAGUGAUAAACCCUAUCCCUAGACAUUGGAAAACUCACCACCCUUUUCAUGGAAGAUUGACUAGUAACAUGAUUUGCAAGAACUGUCAGCAUCAGAGUCCUAUGCGAUAUGACACCUUUGACAGCCUGUCGUUGAGUAUACCUUCAGGUGCAUGGGGUCGCACUUUGACACUUGACCAUUGCCUACAACACUUCAUCUCCACAGAGAGUGUUAAGGAUGUUGUCUGUGAAAACUGUACCAAACUACAAGCUCAGGAGAGGCCGAAUGGGCAGCUAUUGGAAGAUCAGAAAACUACUUUUGUUAAACAGUUAAAAUUAGGAAAGCUUCCUCAGUGUUUGUGCAUCCACUUGCAGCGUCUGAGCUGGUCUAAUCAGGGUAGCCCACUAAAACGAAAUGAACACGUCCAGUUUAGCGAGUUUCUGGCUUUGGACAGAUAUAAGUAUCGACUUGCUAGAAACUCCCUCUCUCAGCAUCAAGGCAGAACUUGCAGCAGAACAGUUCCACCAACAACAGAUGGAUCAGCAGUUUCUGAUGGUCUUCAUAAUUCCAAGAUUAAGUUGUUGAAUGGAACGUAUUCUACUUCACUAUUGUCGUCUUCAUAUUCAAACUCAAAGUCUUCUCCAGCAGAGUGCACUUCUUCCUCAUAUCUCUUUCGUCUGAUGGCAGUCAUUGUUCAUCAUGGUGACAUGCAUUCGGGACAUUUUGUUACCUAUCGACGAUCCCCUCCUGCAGCCAAGAGCCAAAAGCAUUCUAGCCAGCAGUGGUUGUGGAUUUCAGAUGACACAGUGCGAAGAGCUAACAUACAGGAAGUUCUCUCGUCUUGUGCUUAUUUGCUGUUCUAUGAACGUGCAUUUUCUAAAUCCUGUAAUCUAGGACGUGAAACAAGAGCAGAGGAAUGAAGAGAGCAAAAGGGACACAGCUCUGUUUUACAUUUCAAUUUAUACGGUUUCACUAAGGAUAUACUAUUAAGCCAAACCUUACAAUGGAAUGGAACAGACUUCGCACCUAUACUGCUGGCAAUAAAAAGUAUGAGGUACCACGUUUUUUGGCAAAAUAGUAAAAUUGUUGUAAAAAAUUUUCCCAUUUUUUUUAAAAAAUAUUUCGAUUAUUUAUGUUGUACCAUUCAUAAUUUACAUAACUGUUUUCUGGAGAUUCCAUAGCUUUAUUUUUAACCUGAAAGAACCCAAGAUGAUCAUGUUGUAUAAAGUAUAUGUAACAACAUAAGUGCCCAAAAAUGUAUGUAACUGGUCAAUAUUUCUACAUAGAACUUGAAUAUCUUAACCUAAAAACAAGAAUGUAAUAUAUUGUAGCCUACUAGUUCUUAAAAGUGGGGGGCUGCAUUCAGUUUCUUUUUUCAGGAUACAGAAAAUAUCCAUUGAUCCUGCAAGGAAUCUCUUGUCCUUGUAACUUCCUGUGCACUGAACUGAUAUCUCAAACAAUGGUUAUCGGCUUUCUUCUAUGAACUCCAUGUAGUGGAGAUGAUUAAAGGGAGCGGAGUUUGUAGUCCAAAUCAGAAUAGCAGUGUAGACUGACAAUGCUGCUGCACCAUAAACACAGAACACUGAGUGGAUGUUGUUGCCCUGUGAUAGGAAGUGUGUUAAUAGCAGGGUCACCAUAUAAAAUACAAAUCAAAACAAAUACUAAUGGAGCCAUUACUGGUAAACUGCAAUAUAUUUAGUUUUUGUGUUGAAAUAUAGUUUAAAUCUUGUAAAACCAAUGUUUACAUGUGGAUCAUACCUAAUAUCCAGUUAAAAGGCUUAGUUAUACUUCUCUUGAAAUGUAAAAUGCAACAAAAUUAUUGUUUUUUUGCUGUAUUUAAUUGCAUCUCGUGUAUAUGUGUAAAUAAGAGAUUAUUUAUUCUUACCUUGACAGAUUGUAUUAAAUAACCGGUAAUUUACAAUUUAAUUUUAAUAUGUUGUAAUAUUAUGUGGUAAUAAAGAAAUUUUCCUGAAGAA